CCUUUAGUGAAAGAAUUCAGCGCCUUGCGAGAAAGUUACCUGUGGCCGCCCAAGUCCGCCACUUUCCGCUCUGUGUCUGCCCAUUUGCCACGAUCCGGGAGGACUCCGCGCCGCCGGGCCGCCUGCGAGCGCGGGCCCCAUGUGAGGGCCUCCCCCCCCCCCCCAUCCCACCUUUCCGGCUAGGUGAGGGCGCGAGCGAGCGGGCGAGCGAGAGUGGUGAGGGGGGACGAAAGCAGAAUUACCAGUAGCUCUUGUUCUGCCAUCUCGGGCGCUCUCACACACCUUCACCUGCACAGACUUGAAAGUCCAGUUUCACCAGAGGCUGAGGCUCCAGGAAAAGGGGAACGAGUUCAUUGGAUCAAACAUGUCACAAGAGUCCGACAAUAAUAAAAGACUCGUGGCCUUGGUGCCCAUGCCCAGUGACCCUCCGUUCAGCACACGAAGAGCCUAUACGAGCGAGGAUGAGGCCUGGAAGUCGUACCUGGAGAACCCUCUGACUGCGGCCACCAAGGCGAUGAUGAGCAUCAACGGGGAUGAGGACAGUGCCGCUGCCCUAGGCCUUCUUUAUGACUAUUACAAGGUUCCUCGAGACAAGAGACUUCUGCCUGUGAGCAAAGCAAGUGACAGCCAAGAAGACCAGGAUAAAAGAAACUGUCUCGGCACCAGUGAAGCCCAGAGCAACUUGAGCGGAGGCGAGAGCCGAGUGCAGGUCUUGAAGACUGUCCCAGUGAACCUCUGCCUAAGUCAAGACCACGUCGAGAGUUCCAAGCGCGAGCAGUACAGCGUGUCCAUCACAGAGAGCCCGGCGGUCAUCCCCGUGUCAGGCAUCACCGUGGUGAAAGCUGAGGAUUUCACACCGGUGUUCAUGGCUCCCCCGGUGCACUAUCCCCGCGCGGAUGGCGAGGAGCAGCGGGUCGUUAUAUUUGAACAGACUCAGUAUGACCUGCCCUCUAUAGCCGGCCACAGUUCCUAUCUCAAGGAUGACCAGCGCAGCACGCCUGACAGCACCUUCAGUGAGAGCUUCAAAGAUGGGGCCUCAGAGAAAUUUCGGAGUGCUUCCGUUGGCGCUGAGGAGUAUUUGUACGACCAGACGGGAAGCGGGACAUUUCAGUAUACCCUAGAGGCCACCAAAUCUCUUCGUCAGAAGCAGGGCGAGGGCCCCAUGACCUACCUCAACAAAGGACAGUUCUAUGCCAUAACGCUCAGUGAGACUGGAGACAACAAAUGCUUCCGGCACCCCAUCAGCAAAGUCAGGAGUGUGGUGAUGGUGGUGUUCAGUGAGGACAAGAACCGAGAUGAACAGCUCAAGUACUGGAAGUACUGGCACUCCCGGCAGCACACGGCCAAGCAGAGGGUCCUCGACAUCGCUGAUUACAAGGAGAGCUUCAACACCAUCGGAAACAUCGAAGAGAUCGCCUACAACGCUGUUUCCUUCACCUGGGAUGUGAACGAAGAAGCAAAGAUUUUCAUCACCGUGAACUGCUUGAGUACAGACUUCUCCUCCCAGAAGGGCGUGAAAGGACUUCCUUUGAUGAUUCAGAUCGACACAUACAGUUAUAAUAACCGCAGCAAUAAGCCUGUCCACAGAGCGUACUGCCAGAUCAAGGUCUUCUGCGACAAGGGAGCAGAACGAAAAAUCCGAGAUGAAGAGAGAAAGCAGAACAGGAAGAAAGGGAAGGGCCAGGCCUCCCAAGCCCAGUGCAACAACUCUUCUGACGGGAAGUUGGCGGCCAUACCCUUACAGAAGAAGAGUGACAUUACAUACUUCAAAACCAUGCCGGACCUGCACUCGCAGCCCGUGCUCUUCAUACCCGAUGUUCACUUUGCCAACCUGCAGAGGACUGGACAGGUGUACUACAACACAGAUGACGAGCGAGAAGGCAGCAGCGUCCUGGUUAAACGGAUGUUCAGGCCGAUGGAAGAGGAAUUUGGUCCGACGCCAUCUAAGCAGAUUAAAGAAGAAAACGUAAAGCGAGUGCUCCUGUACGUGAGGAAGGAGAACGAUGAUGUGUUCGAUGCUCUGAUGCUGAAGUCGCCCACGGUGAAGGGCCUGAUGGAAGCGCUGUCUGAGAAGUAUGGGCUUCCAGUGGAAAAGAUCACAAAGCUUUAUAAGAAGAGCAAAAAGGGCAUCCUGGUCAACAUGGACGACAACAUCAUUGAGCACUAUUCAAACGAGGACACCUUCAUCCUCAACAUGGAGAGCAUGGUGGAAGGCUUCAAGAUCACACUCAUGGAGAUCUGAGCCCCUGGGCACGUGUCCGCUCCAUAGGAGCUUGCGGUGCACUCCUUCCGGCGCGAGACGGGAUCCCCGCAGCCCCAGAACCUGGAGAUCCCGUCUCACCCACCUCAUGUGACUGUUACAAGACUGCUGGGAAGGGGGCGAGGCCCAAGGCCCAGUGAUAGCUGGUCUGUCGGGUCUGCCGACUCUUCCACUUGCUCUGAGCUGACGCUUGAGCCCUCGGCAAAUUUCUUUGAGCCUGUCAGGCCCUUAUUU